UCGACGAGGCCACAUCGUAGCCUAGCGUUGCUAGGUCCAUUUUUAAAUUAUCCACGUGUUUUUAAAUAAAAUAAUAAAUAACAACAAUUUAACAUUAACUCCAAUUCAAAUUUUUAAAAUCCGAACUUUAGAAUUCAAAAAAUUUAACUUUUUUUUCGCUGCUCCAAUUUACUAAUUUCAAUUUUUCGCUCCAUUAUCGUGAUAUUGAUAACAUUUUUAAAAAAAUACAUAAGUAAAAAUAAUAGACGCAAUAUUUAAAAAAUAAAUUAAGUUUUUUUUUUUUUUUGUAAAUUAGUUAAGUGUAAAGUGUCAAUUCUCGCGCUCCCACAUCAAUUUAUCGAGAUAAAAGCAACUAACGAAAAAAAACUUGUCCCUGAGCGAACAUUUGUGGAAUUUAAAAAUAAUAAUAUGAGGUAAAAAUCAAUCAUCAUUGGUAUUAGCAGAAUGGAGGUAUUGCUUCAGGCAAUUGAGCUGCUGCUGCUCGCGGUAGUGGUUGGAUCAAACGCCAGGCGCGAUGAAUUAUUAAACGAAGAUGUUUUCGGCGGUCAACGAAGCCGCGGUAAUUUAAAUAUUAAUUCAAAUUCAAAUUUUAAUUACAAUACUCAACAGCAACACAAUUCAGCAUUUUUACCAAGUUAUCAACGUGAAAGAAAACCUAAUAUCGUAUUAAUACUCACCGAUGAUCAAGAUGUUGAACUCGGGUCACUUAAUUUUAUGCCGAAUACCUUAAGACGUAUAAGAGAUGAAGGAGCUGAGUUACGGCAUGCUUAUGUUACAACACCCAUGUGUUGUCCCAGCAGAAGUUCUCUUUUAACUGGUCGUUAUGUUCAUAAUCAUCAAGUCUUUACUAAUAAUGACAAUUGUAGCAGUCCACAGUGGCAACGAGAUCACGAGCCCCAUUCAUUCGCUACUUACUUAAGCAACGCUGGAUAUCGCACAGGAUACUUCGGUAAAUAUCUGAACAAGUAUAAUGGCUCGUAUAUCCCUCCGGGUUGGCGUGAAUGGGGUGGCCUCAUAAUGAACUCACGGUACUACAACUACAGCGUCAAUAUGAACGGAAAGAAGAUAAAGCACGGGUUUGAGUACAGCAAGGACUAUUAUCCGGAUUUGAUAGCAAAUGACAGCGUGGCAUUUUUACGUCAGAGCAAGCACAAUUUUGCACGAAAACCCGUUAUGCUUGUGGCGAGCUUUCCAGCACCCCAUGGACCUGAAGACUCGGCACCGCAAUUUUCCCAACUCUUCUUCAAUGUCACAACCCAUCACACUCCAGCUUAUGAUUAUGCUCCAAAUUUGGACAAGCAGUGGAUUUUGCAAGUGACCCAGAAGAUGCAGCCGAUUCAUAAACAAUUCACUGAUUUGCUGAUGACAAAGAGGCUGCAAACACUUCAGAGUGUUGACGCGGCAGUUGAGAGGAUUUACCAAGAGCUCAAGGAUCUCGGGGAACUCGAUAACACAUAUAUCAUUUAUACAUCCGAUCACGGUUAUCAUUUGGGUCAAUUCGGGCUUAUUAAAGGAAAAAGUUUUCCAUUCGAAUUUGAUGUACGUGUUCCGUGUCUUAUUCGCGGACCUGGAAUUGCACCUGGAUCUGUAGUCGACGAAAUUGUUUUGAAUAUCGAUAUGGCGCCAACUUUUUUGGAUAUCGCCGGAGUGGAUACGCCGCCUCAAAUGGAUGGGAGGUCUUUCAAAAAACUUUUCCUCACAAAUAAACACGGUAGGAGGACUAAAUUCAAAUGGCCCGAUACAUUUUUGAUUGAAUCAUCUGGCCGCCGGGAAACUCCAGAGUCGAUAGCCGAAGCAAAAGCACGUGAAGCAAGAAGACAGAACGCGACCCUGGCAAAACAAAUGUUGGAAUCAACCACAGAUGACCUGGCUCUUGAUACUGAUACUGAAUUUGAGGCCGAUCGUAUAUUGGAGAAUGAUACAGGAAGUGAUCAAGAUAUUUCCGAUGAUGAGGAUUUAGAGGAUUCAAUUACUGACGAAUCUAAUGGUGAUGUUCAUCUAGAUAAUGGAGUAAAUCCUUCAUUGAAUUUAAAUUCAAAGCACGAGCGUCUUGCAUACGAAUGUUCAAGACCUGAGGCACAAACUAAUUGUCUUCCUGGUCAAAAGUGGCGAUGUGAGAAAGAAGGACAUCGUUGGCGACGUCACAAAUGCAAGUAUACGACAACAGCAUCAUCAAUUACCACUUCUACGGUACAUAAAUCUUCUAAAAAGUGUGCUUGCUUUACACCAAACGGCGUUGUGUACACGAGACUCGAGUCUAAUGACUUUCCUCGUGAAAAUCGUGCUGGACUUUAUGACGACGCUGAGAGAUUUUUCAACGGCAGACGUGGCAAGAGAAGUAUUGUCGAGGAAGAAAAAAUAAAACAUGAUGCAGAGUAUGAAUAUAAAUCAGAUGGUUGUGAUGAGGAUGGGGAUAUAGACUUACGGGACCGGCGAGCUAUUGAUGAAGAGGAUGAUGAAAACUUUAUUGAAGAGCUGAGACUUCUUAACCGGGAAUGGAUGCUCGAGCGAAAUAAACGUGAGGUAAAUUUAAUGGGUGAUAAGUUUGUCGGGUAUGCGAACUACAAUUUUAAUAAUAGCAUUAACGAAAACAAUGGAGAGACAACAGCUGAUGAUGAUGAUGAUAAUUAUGAUGAUGAUGAUGACGAUGAUGUAAAAACUGACUAUAGUGUCAGCGACUUUGACUUUACGAGCUUAAAUAAAGUAGUUAAAGGAUUUGUAAACGUUGAUGAUCUUCUUAAAAGACACCGAAGAGUCAGGAGAAGUGUUACGAAGAAAGACACUAUCGAGCAUGUGACAAAAAUUAUGGAGAGCAUUGAAGAGGAGCUGGAUGAUUUAAAACAGAGUCAAGUACGCCAGUCAAAUGGGUCAGAAGUAAGCUCACCAAAGUGCUUGGUAUUACCAAAGGGUGGUGUUAAUUGUACGACGUCUGUUUAUCAAGAUCCAAAUGAAUGGAAGCUGUCGCGACGUGCCAUUGAAAAACAGAUAAAGGAAAUGAGAAUGCAGUUGGAAAGUUUAAAAGAGAUACGACGGCAUUUAAUGAAUAAACGUCCGCAUUUCAUACCAGAAGAUGAUGAUUAUGCUGAAGUUGAUGAUUUACAUCCACACGAACACCAUUCACAUAAUAACAAUAAUCAUCAUCAUAAUGGGCAUCAUCAUCACCAUAAUAAGAACCAUACACGGCAUCAUAAAAAACACGACAAACUACCCGUGUCAACUACUGGCUCAUCAACACAAGUUUAUUAUUCUAGUACAACUAGUUUUACUUCAACAUCUAGCUCUACAAGUGACGAGAGCACCGAGACUCCAGUACCCGAGGGACUUGAUCGAUCGUAUGAAUCAUCGACUCUGGGGAAAAUUACAACGACCGAGUUACCGAGAACGACUACGAUCCCGACGGCUAUUAAAACUAAAAAAAGUUCACGGAGGCAAAAGAUAAAUAAAGAUAAUGUUGAUGUACAUGUAGAUGAAGAAGAGAAACCGCGGCGAAGAAAAAUUCAUCAUCACAAAAUAAAUAAAAUAAGUAUUAAUAAUAAUACUCUUUUGACAAAUAGUAUUAAUGACAAUACUUUGAAUAUUAAUUUAAAUGUCUCGCAAGAAAAUUGGCCAAUUGCUGAGGACAAGGAAUCAACGAUGGAUGUUUUGAAGAAUCAGGUCAAAGAUUUUACAACAACUACCAGACAAUCGGUUUCCACUACUCCGACACCUACUACAGCUUCUACUACUGCUACUCCGACGACAAUAACAACAACAACAGCUGCUACAACAACUACACCAACAACGACAACGACAACUAAGAAACCACUGAAGAUUAUUAGAAAUCGCACUGGUUUAGGUCCAGCGAGAAUCGACGUGACUAUUUUAGAGCCACCUGAUCGUAAACACAAACUAAGCGGCAUUACGUCAACGAGCAAUAACGGACGUCUUCCACCGUUACUGAAUAAUCCGCUAGAGUCACGUCAUAAGUGCUACUGCGAGCCGGACAACCAGCCAAAGAAAGACGAGAAGGAGAUUGCCAAAGAGGAGAGAAGAAGACUGAAGGAGGAGCGGUUACGUAAAAAAGAACGUAAAUUAAAAAAGAAAGCAAAGCUUGAGAAAGAAUGUCUUACGGAAAAAAUGAAUUGUUUUGAGCAUGAUAAUGAUCAUUGGCGUACAGCACCUCUGUGGGACGCUGGACCGUUCUGUUUUUGUAUGAAUGCCAAUAAUAAUACAUACUCAUGUGUCCGUACUAUUAAUGUAACGCAUAAUUUUCUUUACUGUGAAUUUACGACGGGUUUUGCGACGUUUUAUAAUUUGAGAAUUGAUCCGUUUGAGCAAUGGAAUAGAUUGGGCUCUUUGACCCCUGCCGAACGAUCGUAUUUACAUGAUCAAUUGGAACAUUUGAAAGGGUGCAAAGGAACGAGGGAUUGUACUGUUGGCAGUGCGAAGGAAGCCAUUGCAACUAAUACUAUUCAGCAACAACGAUUUUUAACUAAACGAAAGUACAGCAAUUCUUUUGAAGACAUGUUCAUACCAUCGGCAUUGCAAAUAAUUCGCGAAAGCGAACUGGGAAGUAAUAAGAGACGUAAAAAAGUUUCAAAUUCGUGGAACCGGCGGAGUAGAAGUUGGCAGACCAAUUGGAAGUAUUCGGCUGACAAAGUAUCCCGACGACAUCGACAUCCGUCUUAAGAUGUUUAUUUUAUUUAUUUAUUUUGUUCUAUUAUUAUAUUUUUUACUGAUUUUUUUUUUAGUCAUACAUAUAGAAAUAUAUGUAAGUAUCUUUACAUCAGUGAGGUAAUUUUGAUGGAUCUUUAUUAUUAUAAAGUAGACAAUUAAUGUGUUGGUAUUUAAUGUGAAUUAUAUACCAGUGAUAUAUAUCAUAGAAAUUCCCAGGUAGUUUUUCCAUACGUCGUGUAAAAUUACUCCUAUGCAACGAGUUUAAGUAUUUUCUGUAUUACGAGCUGAUUAUAUAUAGUCACGUAGAAUUAUUACUAUAUAUAUUUUAAAGUCAUUCUUUUUAUAGAUUUUAUUCAUUUUUUUUUUUUUUUAUAAAAUUAAUAUACUGGAUAUUUUAAAAAAUUAUAUCAGUACCGGAAAAAUAUUUAUUAGAAAUUAUAAACUUUUAUAUAUAUAUAUAUAUAAAUAUGUAAUUAAUAUUUUAUUUAGUGCUUUUAUUUUAUAUAAAAAUCUAUUAAUUUUUUAAUUUAUUUAUUCAGUAAUUUUUAAUUUUUUGAGAUUAAAUCACUACGAUAAAAUUAAAAUGAAUAUAUUAUUAUAAUUAGGGGCCUGAAUGCACAACGAAUUAAUGGAAUGUAAUUUAUUUAAAAUUUUUUUUGCAUAGAUACAUUAUUAUUAAAUAAUAAUAAUAAUAAUCGUUAUAUUUUAUGCUAAUAUUGGCUGCCAUUUAAAUAGUAUAUUGUGUGACAAGGGAUGAAACAAAACGAUUUCAGACCAGAGUGAAGUUGGCUGACAUUAGCCGCAGUCUGAAAUCGUGUUUUAUCUUGAGUUACACACUAGAUUUUUCAUGAUUACCUGCAUUGGAACUCGAAAUUUCAGUGUCAGCAGCUAGUCGUACACAAGUUAACUUAAGACCAAUGGAGUCAUCCACUAUUAAAUUAUCAUUUGCAAUUUAUAAUUAAGCAGAAACAAUACAUAAUAUUUAUUAUUCACAUGAAUUUUUAUAAAACUUAAUCACCAAGUCAGAACUGUCAUUUACGUAAAUAAAAUUGAUGGUCUAAAAUCAAUAUUAAACGAAUGACAAGUAUCAGAGUUUAAAUUGCGAAAGCCUUCAGUUAGCGGUUAGAAACAUUAUUUCUCACCAUACCUGCGUUGAAAGUUCAAAUUUCUGCCCUGCUUAGAGGGAAGAAAGUCGUUCUUUUCUUGCAUGAGAAAACAAAUGAUAAAAAUUAGCGUAUGCGCCAUUCUUUCUACAGAGCCAAAAAUUUAAACUUUCGGGUGCAGAUUUAGUGAAAAAUUGUAUUCACGCCACGGAGAAAAGCAGAACGUCCUAAUCUGCGUUUCCACUCUCGUCUUCGGCUUUAGUAGGCAAUCAUACACGCGGGUUGGAAUGUCCUACUUUCCUUCCCAGGUGUGUAAUAUUCUGUUUCUUCCCAAGGAAUGAAACAAGUUCGUUUCUGCCCGCUUAUUAAAGGCAUUCACAAUUUACGCGUUCGCUAAUAUUCAUUCGCGGCAUUGGACUGAAAUCAGCUUUUUUCGGCUCGCUGUAGAGACACUGGAACUUCAAGUUUCGAUGCUGGUAUCAUAAAAAUAAUAUUAUUUAGAUGCAAAAUGAAAACAGAACAAUCGUAGUUGACAGAUAAAAAAAAAUAAUAAUGCAUAACUGCCAUAAAAUUUUUGAAAUUAUUUUUUAUGGUCAUCGAUAUUAUUCGUCGAUAUAAAAUAAUGUAAUCAGGAUAAUUAAAAUUUUAAUAAGUUUAAAAAUUCAAAGACUGUAUAAAUU